AUGCAUCAAGAGUACGGCAAGACUUUUGUCCAUGUGACGCCCAAGAAGCUUGAAAUACGCACAGCAGACCUGAGCGUUAUCAGGUUCAUCUACUCAAAGAGAAAAUCCUUCGAAAAGGCGCCGGACUCCAUGCCCAUCACUUUGCUGAACCCUAGCAUUACGUCUGUGACCGGCGCUGACUGGCAACGACACCGGCGUAUCACUGCUCCUCCGUUCAACGAGCAGAACAUGCAGCGAGUCUGGUUUGCGUCGCUGCGACAGGCAGUUGGGCUCUGCGACUGGUGGAUCUCUGAUAAGGAAGGAAUCGAAGAUGCAAACGGAGAUACGAUGGCACUCGCGCUCAACGUCCUCGCCUCCGCCGGCCUGGGCCACUCGUGGCCUUUCGUAGGGACAGGAAAAACGAGCAAGGACGGCGUCGGCUCUUUCUCGACAGAAUGGCGGGCGACAUUGCUCCCGAUUCUGACCAGCGUCCGGACGCUCGCCCUGACGCCGCGGUGGCUGUAUGACGCCCCCGAGGACUCAAAGCUGCUGAACCACCUGGUCCCGGGGUUCGUGCGCGACCACGUCCUGCGGGCGAAGAAGUACCGCGGCCUCAUGCGCCGGCUCGUCGCGGAGCGUAAGGCUGAGGUGGCUUCCGGGGAGGCGACGGACUCCAUUUUCCUGAAUGCGAUGAUAGCGAGGUCCGAGGACAUGCAGAGGGAGCUGGAGGCCGGCGGGAAGCAGGGCAUGGCUAACAUGCCGGGCAUGCACCUGGGCGGUAUGUCGGAUGAGGAGCUGCUCUCCAACAUCUUUGCGUACCAUAUCGGAGGCCUCGAAACAACUGCGAUGCUGCGCCUGUUCCCCGGAGUUCCCGACCACCAGAAAGACGUCCUGGGCGAGGGCGCCGAGAUCCCCGUCGACGGCCGCACCGUCUUUGUGCCAGCCGGCAGCGAGGUGUUCGCGUCGGCCGUCUCCGUGCACGUCAUGCCCGAGUACUGGGGGCCCGACAGUAAAGAAUUCAGGCCGGCCCGGUGGAUCACGGCCUCAGAUAGUGGUGGUGCCGAGGGCGAGGGCGAGGAGCUUGCACAGCCCCCGGUGGCCAAGGAAACGUUCUUCCCGUGGUCACUCGGCCAGCGCGACUGCCCGGGGAAGAAGUUCUCGCAGGUGGAGUUCGUGGCGGUAUUGGCCUGCGUGCUCCGGUUCUACCGGAUCGAAUGUCUCCCCAUUCACGAGGGCGAGACUCUCGAAGAAAAGAGGAGUCGGGUCUGGGCUUGGUCCAGGGACAGUGGGGUGGAGCUAUCCUUAAACUUCAAGGAGCCGAACAAGUAUGGGAUUCGACUUGCGAGGCGUUAA